AGAUGAGAUACAUUGAUAUUUUGUUAUAAUGCACCAAGUUCUACGAGGAGAGUGCAUCAAUGUUUGUCUGGCAUGUGAUUGAACUGUAAACAUGGCAGAAUGGGGGGAGGGAUUUGUGUUUGCCAGGUUAUAUUUGUGGCAAGUUUGGUAAUCAGUUUAUGUUCUGAUAUUUGUCUGUGCAACUUCAAUGAAACUCCUACACAAGUCUCAACUGCAGCUCCUGAGCUAAGGAAGCCUAAAUUACUAGUUUUUAGUCUAGAUAUGGUGAUUUGGCCUUUCCGAGUUGAAACUGAUGUUGUUACACCAGUGAAGAGACAUAAGAAAACUGCACGUAUAACUGAUUUUUUGAAGAAGCCUUUAGGAGUCUAUGCAGAUGCAGUGGAUGCAUUAAAUUCCUUGUACCUGAAAAAGUACAGGUUGGCUGCCAUAUCAGACAGUCCGGACGUUGAAACAAACACCAAACUGCUCCUCUUCUUCAAUUUAUACAACUAUUUUCCUAUCCAGGAAAUAUUUGGUGGACCGAAAAAGGAUCAUAUAGAAUUGAUUCACAGAAUAACACAAGUUCCCUACAAUGAAAUUUUCUACUUUGACAGAAGCAACAGUGAGCUGGAUGCUAUAAGAAAAUUAGGAGUGUUUGUAAUCGAAUUAAAAGAUGGAUUGGAAAUCGGUGAAUUCAAAAAAGCAUUAGAUCGAUAUAAUGAGAUUCCCACGUCAUCAAAUAUAACCACUAAUGUUGUUCCUUGACGUUAAAUUAAAAUUAUAACAAUAUAUCAACUGUAUCAUUGUAAAUAAAA